UGCGUGGGGCUGGGGUGGAGGGCGGGACAGAGGGGCUGGGCCGAGGCGAAGCUACUGUCGCUUCUGCAGCGGAGGCCGAGGCCGGGACCUAAGCUGGGCCGGGGAGUGCCGGUCGCGGAGGAGCAGGAGGCGAGGUCUGCCGGAGCUUCGAGCCCCCGCUGCUCUGCCGCGCGGUGACCCCGCGCCCGGGCGCCGUCCGACCCGUGGCUGUUCCCGAGGCGGUUGGUGGGGGCGCGGCGGCAGCGGUUGGGGGUGGGGAGAGGCGCGGCGAGGAGAAGAGAGAGGUCAGUGAGUUUGAGGGAGGACUGAGAGCCUUGCCGCCGUCAUGUCCGAGGACUCGAGCGCCCUGCCCUGGUCCAUCAACAGGGACGAUUACGAGCUGCAGGAGGUGAUCGGGAGUGGAGCAACGGCUGUGGUCCAAGCAGCGUAUUGUGCCCCUAAAAAGGAGAAAGUGGCAAUCAAACGGAUAAACCUUGAGAAAUGUCAAACUAGCAUGGAUGAACUCCUGAAAGAAAUUCAAGCCAUGAGUCAGUGCCAUCAUCCUAAUAUUGUGUCUUACUACACAUCUUUUGUGGUAAAAGAUGAGCUGUGGCUAGUCAUGAAGCUGCUAAGUGGAGGUUCUGUUCUGGAUAUUAUUAAGCACAUUGUGGCAAAGGGAGAACACAAAAGUGGAGUCCUAGAUGAACCUACCAUUGCAACAAUACUCAGAGAAGUGCUGGAAGGAUUGGAAUACUUACAUAAAAAUGGACAGAUUCACAGAGAUGUGAAAGCUGGAAAUAUUCUUCUGGGAGAAGAUGGCUCAGUACAGAUUGCAGAUUUUGGAGUUAGUGCUUUUUUAGCAACUGGUGGUGAUAUUACCCGAAAUAAAGUGAGAAAGACCUUUGUUGGAACCCCUUGCUGGAUGGCACCUGAAGUUAUGGAACAGGUCCGAGGUUAUGAUUUCAAAGCUGACAUCUGGAGUUUUGGGAUCACAGCAAUUGAACUGGCCACAGGAGCAGCUCCUUAUCAUAAAUAUCCGCCAAUGAAGGUUUUAAUGCUGACGCUGCAGAAUGAUCCUCCUUCUUUGGAAACUGGUGUUCAAGAUAAAGAAAUGCUAAAAAAAUAUGGAAAAUCAUUUAGAAAAAUGAUUUCAUUGUGCCUUCAAAAGGAUCCAGAAAAAAGACCAACAGCAGCAGAACUGUUAAGGCACAAAUUUUUCCAAAAAGCAAAGAAUAAAGAAUUUCUUCAAGAAAAACUAUUGCAGAGAGCUCCAACCAUUUCUGAAAGAGCUAAAAAGGUUCGGAGAGUACCAGGUUCCAGUGGCCGUCUUCAUAAGACAGAGGAUGGUGGCUGGGAGUGGAGUGAUGAUGAAUUUGAUGAAGAAAGUGAGGAAGGGAAAGCAGCAAUUUCACAACUCAGGUCUCCCCGAGUGAAGGAAUCAUUAUCAAAUUCUGAGCUCUUUCCAGCAACUGAUCCCGUGGGUACUUUGCUCCAAGUUCCAGAACAGAUUUCCGCUCAUCUACCUCAGCCAGCUGGGCAGAUGCCUGCACAACCAACUCAAGUUUCCCUCCCACCCCCUGCAGAGCCAGCAAAAACAGCUCAGGCUCUGUCUUCAGGAGCAGGUUCACAAGAAACCAAGAUCCCAAUCAGUCUAGUACUAAGAUUAAGGAAUUCAAAAAAAGAACUAAAUGAUAUUCGAUUUGAAUUUACUCCUGGGAGAGAUACAGCAGAGGGUGUGUCUCAGGAACUCAUUUCUGCUGGCCUGGUCGACGGAAGAGAUUUAGUAAUAGUGGCAGCUAAUUUGCAGAAAAUUGUGGAAGAACCUCAGUCAAAUCGAUCUGUCACUUUCAAACUGGCAUCUGGUGUCGAAGGCUCAGAUAUUCCUGAUGACGGUAAACUAAUAGGAUUUGCCCAACUCAGCAUCAGCUAAACCACAGCCCUGGAAAAGGCAGCCUGAGGAGAUUCCACACGUGUGUAUCUCUGUUGCUUCUGUUGGCCUAAACCCACUACUGCCAAAGAACCCAGCAACAAACCUCCCAGCUAGCAGCUUUAGAGGUCUUUCUUUAUGUUCUUCCUGCCAUCAUUCCCCCUUUUCCCCACACGGAAAGAAAAGUUGGAUCACCAGUGGACAGCAUCCCUUCAAAGAGUUCCGUUAGUAAACUUACUGCACGUUCCCUCUCUUCCUCCAUCUGAGAAGUGGCCCAUGUGCCUCAAGGCCCAGGAGGGAGAUCUGUCAGCUCAUCUUGCCUUACUCCAAUGAUGGCGCUGGGUGGAAAGUAGCAGCUAUAUUGGGCUUCCUCAUUCUGCCUGUUCUCCCACACCUGAGAGGCUGUGGGCAUCUUGGGAUAGCUCUUUACCACUGAAGUAGCAAUUAAAAGUUGAUUAUUCAGCUGGAGCCCAGAGAAUUUAAUUUAGUGAUUUUUUUUUUUUUUUUUUUUUUUGGUAUCUGAUGUGAAUUCUAGGAACCUUUGUUAGGAAAAAGCACAGCCUCAGCUGGAGGCAGCCUAAACUGUGUUCUUGUUUUGUUCAUGAUGUUUCUAAGCGUUUUGCUGAAGCUGCUCUCAGGCACCCCUCUUCAUUACUCCCUCCAGAAAGGGUUGCUAGCCUUAACUUCAGCUGGUGCAAAACAUCUGACUGGAGUCGAACUUCAGCCAUCGGAUCCUUCAAAGUGGAACUUUGGACUGUUUUUAGAGAAAACAUCAAGUAAAAGUGUAAAAGUGGCUUGUAAAAGUGAAUUUUCCCAGCAGUGGUUUUUGAACAGGAGAAAUCGUAACUCAUAUCAUUUUGGAAGUAUUUAUUUUCAAAUCUUAAAAAAUUAAAUUGAAGAAGAAACUGCUCCUUGAUCCUCCCUUGGAAAUCAAUUUGCCUGGCCUCCAAGUCAUGAGGAAAUGCAAGGCUGAGAUUUCUGCAGCAAUAAAGGAGACUCACACUGGGCCGGGAGGUCUGCCUUCUGCCCCCUCUCCUGCACUGACCCUUUGGAGGGGGUCCACACUUCUGUGUGCUGAACCUGACCCAAGACGGAAAGUGAAACCACACGUGCCGUGACUUUUAGGAUUUAUGAGUAGACACUGUUCAUUUGAUUUUCUACAGAAAUAAUAUAAAUUAUUCUUUAGGUUUAAAAAAGAGCACUCAUAAUGCAAUAUGUGAAUAAUCAGUGGGGUUGAUUUUUUUUUCCUACUGUUUCACAGUCAGCCUUUGUCUAAUUGUAGGUAGCCCUAACAUUUUGUGUAUGAAAGGGAUACUGCCUUUGUCUAACUGCAAAUAGCCCUAACAAAUUUUGUGUAUGAAAGGGAUACUCAAUCUGGCCUUAAGACAACACACAAAGAUGGGUUUUGGCCCCAUGGAAAAGGGAGAGUUCCCUCCUAGAGAAUCAUUCGAGCCCUUUCCAGUGUUGUUGGUCUGUGAAUAACAAGAUUGCUUUAUCUAAUUUUCUCUUGGAGCAUCUCUGAAAGCUUUGCCCACAACUGACUUGUCACAGUUUUUGUUUCAUUCUGAGCUUGUAGUUUUAGUCAUGGGCUGUCUUCACCUGCCCUGGAUGCAAAGGCAUGUUGGGAAAGGGAUAGAUGUUGGGGAGGAAGAGAGGGAGUGGGGAUUGGGAACAAAGUAGAUUAGAGGCACAGACACCAAAGUCCAUGGUCCCAGCAGGAUUGGUAAAAGGAGGGAGCCUGCUGAACCUGGAGAGAGAAAAGAUUGAUCAGCUUGCUGAAAAAAUAUUUAGCUUUUUUUUUUUUUUGGAGGGGGGUUGGGGGGGAAUGUGGACAAGGAGGUAGGAAUAAGGUAUGAAAAAGAGACAGUGUCCCCUUUGGCACAAGACUAAUAGCUUACCUUAGAGUCUUUUUGGUUUCAAACAAGCCCAUCAUGAUCUACUUAUUUCUGAGUCCAAGGGGUGUUGGCAUCACUCUAUUCUAGCGUUCUGUGUGGAGGUGGUCUGUAGCCCAGGCUGGGAGGAAGCAGCAGCCCAUCCUCCUGUUGAGUUUCUCCAGCUGUCUAUUACGUUUGAACUGCAGUGGGACAAGCAUGACGAUAGAAAUGGGCUUGGGCUUUCUCUUUCUUUUUAGUUCAUUUUUUGCCCUGCUGGGAAUUAGGAGUCAGACACCAAGCCCCAGGACAGUGUUAUUUCUUCUGCAUGAUGAAUGGUGGACUCCCUUUGCUGACUUGUGCAGUGAUGCUGAGAAAAUAAGUGAACAGAAACUUCCCAGGUGGGACAGCACGUGACCUAUUGAGCACCCUCGCUCCUUUCCAGGAGUGGUGGUUCGGGGUGCACCUGUGUCCCUGGGUCCCCAGGAUUCCCUGGUCCCUGGGGCAGGGACUAACUUAGCAGGUAACAUGUGCCAAUGCUAUUUGUGAAAUGUAUGGUCUUUCUAAAUGACUAAUGGAUUUAUUUGGGUUUUUUGCUUAAGUGUUGAACCAAAUUCUAGAGCCAGCUGAUACUAUUUAAUAAUCUGGAAGAUAGAAUAAUGGUGUAUCAAUAAAUGGAGGUUUCUCCUUAUGAUGUAUGCUAGAUUAUGGAAGAUGUAAAAUAUUUGACUCCCCCCCUUUUUUGACUUUGUAUUUUGCUGCAUGUUUCCUUCAUUUUUAAUCAAUAAAGAGUAAAUUGUC